GUUUGGAGCUUGUGGGUUUCCGUACUUACGGCUUGCAGUGAGUUUUGCGCGUGCGCAUAUCCUAUUGUCGUUGUCAUCCCAAGGGAACUAGCGAUGGAGAGCCAUGAAAGUCAGACUCCAAGGCCCAUGUCCCUGGACAUUGUUGGAGACACAGGAAACAAUCAGAGCGGAGACCCUGCACUCUCAGAAGUGUCCUCUGCUCAACCACCGGAGGUUGUCUUCCAGGAGGAGAACAUCGACCUCGAUGGCGAGGCCUUCAUCACCCCGCAGGACGACAGCUCUUCCGAUAACAUGCUGGACAAGUUGAACGACCAGAUGAUGGAGAGUGUCAUGAUAUCGGACUCGCCCAACAACAGCGAGGACGACACCGGCCACAUGGAGUCUCUGCUGGAGCAGUUUGAGGACGGAGAAGACUCAGAGCCCAAAGAAUCAGAGUGCGCAGAAGAGAUGGAAGAAAAAGCCAUGGUUUCACCUAAAAUAACGGUGGAAGCACCGCCGCCGGCCUUGGAGGACGAGGCGGCAGAUGAGGAACAGCAAGUGUCUGCGAUGGAAAGGGAAGUGGAGUACGCCAAGCCGCCGGAGGACACGCCCAGCCCGAGGAGCACAGAGUUGCAGGAGCCAUUCGAUGCUAACAAGGUAACACCGAAGGAGGAAGCCAUCCCGGUGUGCACUAUCUUCAGCCAAGGGAACCAGCAGAGGGCGCCAGGCCAGGCAUUGGCACCCGAUGGCUUUCAGCCGGCACUGGUUAAGUCACCGAGCUUCAGUAGUGGUGUGGAGGCCUCCAGCCGACUGGCCCCUCUGGUCUGCCAGCCGAGCCCCAGCCUUAGCAAGUUCUUCACCGACAAUGGGCACGUCAACCCUGCCUCGGACUUCUUCGACUCCUUCACCACGUCCUCCUCCUUUAUAUCAGUCAGCAACCCCAACGCGGAGUCCAUGCUGCCGGCCGGUGUCGCCGAGAGCCAGCCCUCGCCUACUGCCGUGUCACCGCCGGCUCCCCACACCACGCCUCAAAAACCCACCACCCCCAGCCUCCUCACCGCUCCCCCUGCCCCCGAAUCGUUGGCCCAGCCGGGCUCCGCUGGGACGACCCUGCAGCCGGCAUUCUCCCAGCUUCAGGCCGUCUUCUCUGGCAGCGACGAUCCGUUUGCCACGGCGCUGAACAUGAGCGAAGCCGACCGCAGGUAUGACGCGUGGCUGCCCUCCGAGGAGACCCGGAAGGUUCUGAUCUCCGUGGCAACUCAGCAGCACAGUCCCGUAUUCGUGGAGCGGGACCGGCUCUCCAUGCCGGGGCUCCGGUUUGAUAACCUGCAGGGAGAUGCUGUGAAGGAUCUAAUGCUGCGGUUCCUGGGGGAACAAGCGUCCCUGAAGAGGCAGGUCUUCACUGCCAGCUCGGUGGAGCAGUCCUUUGCUGGACUCCAGCAGCUGAUCAGCACCAAGAACUGGAGGGCGGCUGUGGAUCUGACAGGCCGCUUGCUGACGGCACAUGGCCAGGGCUAUGGCAAGAGCGGCCAGCCCACCACCCACACCGCCGACUCCUUGCAGCUGUGGUUCGUACGCCUGGCUCUGCUCACGAAGCUCGGACUGUUCCAGAACGCUGAGCUGGAAUUUGAGGCCUUUGGCAACCUGGACCAGCCGGACCUGUACUACGAGUACUACCCCACAGCCUAUCCUGGGCGCAGAGGUUCCGUGGUGCCCUUUUCCAUGCGGGUCCUGCAUGCCGACCUUCCCCAGUACCUCGGCAAGCCGCAGGAGUCGCUGGACCGGCUGCACAGCAUGAAGACAGUGUGCCAGCGGAUUUUGGACAACUUGGAGCAGGGCACAGCUGAGGACGGUAGCAUGAUCAGCGUGACUCAGGAGAACAGGCAAGCCUCUAUUCAGCUGUGGAGGUCACGUCUCACACGCAGCAUGUGUUCCUGCCUCAACUCUAUAUCCACCCCCCAGGACUAUGUGCUGGCUGUAGAGAUGUACAACUCCAUCGUCCAGCACGAGCCUGAACGGAAAGCGCAGCUACUCAGUGGCAUUGGGCGGAUAUUCCUGCAGAUUGGAGACAUCAAAACUGCAGAGAAGUACUUCCAGGAAGUGGAGAAGGCAUGUCAGGCCAAGGGGGACGGCCAAAACCCGGACACCUACGUCCUAAUGAACAGGGCAUUCGUACACCUCAGUCAGAACAGUUACUCCGAGGCCCAUGUGUCUUUUUCUGAAGUUCUCAAAAUCGACCCCAAAAACCCAGUGGCGAACAACAACGCGGCGGUGUGCCUGCUGUACCUGGGCAGGCUGAAGGAGUCUCUAGGCCAACUGGAGGGUCUGGUGCAGCGGGAUCCGACACUCUACCUGCACGAGAGCGUGCUCUUCAACCUCACCACCAUGUACGAGUUGGAGUCGUCGCGCAGCACACAGAAGAAACAGGCGCUCCUGGAGGCGGUGGCCUGCCGCGAGGGUGACAGCUUCAACGCGCAGUGUCUCAAGCUGGUCUCCAGCUAGUCGCCCCCCCAUCCCCAAAACAUUCACCGCUGCUGCAUUAAUACACAGCAACCCAAACUGGAAGGUGUACAGUAAUCCUGGAAUACCAGCCCACCGCCCAGUCCGGCUAAUUUCACGUAAGCACAUUGUGGCAUCCAUCCAGUUGCGUUUCCUUUGGAAUUCCCCCAUCCUGGUGGGUGGGGGGGCUUUUAAAUAAGCGAUGAAUGCCACUUGGCGUUGGCCCCCAUAAAAACGGAAUGUAAUAUACAUUAUUAAUCCACACCUGUAAAUAUUUAACUUUAAAAGGAUCACUAAAAUCUUCCUCAGGCAUCCUAUCUUUUUCUCAUUGUAAAGUUUCUGUGAUUUUUCGGUUAUACAUACUGUGUUGGUUGUGGACUAUGGAGAACAAAUGGAAUGCUAUCAAUCCAAAUAUACUUUUACUGGUGUUCAAACUAA